CCUCUAGUCGCUUUCCGCGCGUCGUCCUCACAGAGGCUGGUACUUGGCAGGAAUUUCGGAAGAUUAUCAACAGCUUGCGACACCGACGUGCGGGAGGGCGCGUUCGGGUCCUCUUGUCUGCCUCUUCGAGACUCCCAAAGAUGUCAGCUCAAGGCCAUGCCUGGACCCCACAGGUGAAGAAGGAGGGUGAGGAGGAGGACCCACUGGACCAGCUGAUCUCCCGCUCUGGUUGUGCUGCUUCCCACUAUGCAGUGCAGGAGUGCAUGGCCCAGCACCAGGACUGGCGACAGUGCCAGCCACAGGUGCAGGCCUUCAGGGACUGCAUGAGUGAACAACAGGCAAGGCGGCGGGAGGAGCUGCAGAGGAGGAAAGAACAAGGCAGUGUCCACAGUUGAGACCCCAAAUCUAUCCCCAGAGGAUGGCCUGCAGAAACUAGCACCCAGAGAAAUCAUGGACAAGAGAAAUCCUAAACAGUGGAAAUGUGGGCCAAGAGGUAUAAAACUCAGGGAUGGUCACUGGAAUUGGGUUUGAGAGCCAGAAAGCCAUGGGUUUAGACAUGGGUGUCAUAAAGAAGGAGCUGUCAUAUUUUCCUGGUGAGACCCACACAUCCUCUCAUCUUGUUCCACGAAUAUUAAAUAUUGACCAGUAUUUGCAAUGUAAUACAAAGAGUGGGGUUAAGGCAUGCUCUUCUACUGUACACCUUGGGUCAGUGUGCCACAUACUGAGCUGAUUACAUGGAUGUUGAAUUUCAGAAGUAAAUUCACAAUCUAAAGGUAAAUUAGUUACCUAAUCAGGUCUUCAUUUAUUCAGUCAUUGGUUCAACAACAGCAAGUUUUUCUCAGACCUUCUCUAGUGCCAGACACUAUUGAAAACUGAUGUGAUAAAUAAUGUGAUCUCUGCCUUCAUGUGGUUUAGCGUAGUCAGAGACAGAAAUAAAACCACACUGGAACAACUAAACCCUGACAAUGAUAUAAAUGACUUCAUCUUUCAUAAGUCGUCCUGGAUAUUUCAUUGUAUCAUUAAGCAAAUGUGAAAACAAAACAUUGAGUGGCUCCCAUAUGCCAGAGUCCGUUGAACGAACAGAUACAGACUUUGACCUCAUCACACUCCCA